UGGCGCCGAAAGCACGUGAUGGCGUCCGUCGCCGCAUGGCUGCCUUUCGCGCGCGCCGCGGCCAUCGGCUGGGUCCCUAUAGCCACACACCCCCUUCCCCCCCCGCCGGUGCCCAAAGACAGGCGCCGUGCUGAGGAUGAAAAGCUUCUCAUUAAUGUCUCUGGACGACGGUUUGAAACCUGGAGAAACACUCUGGAAAAAUAUCCAGACUCACUUCUUGGCUCCUCUGAAAGAGAGUUCUUCUAUGAUGAAGACAGCCGAGAGUACUUCUUUGAUAGAGACCCUGAUAUAUUCAGACACAUACUCAAUUACUACAGAACAGGAAAGCUUCACUAUCCAAAACAUGAGUGCUUAACGGGUUAUGAUGAAGAGUUAGCGUUUUUCGGCAUUUUGCCCGAUGUUAUUGGUGAUUGUUGCUAUGAAGACUAUAGAGAUAGGAAACGAGAGAAUGCUGAGCGUCUUAUGGAUGACAAGCUCAGUGAAGCUGGCGACCAGAGUCUGCCACAGCUUACAGAUUUGCGGCAAAAGAUGUGGAGGGCGUUCGAGAACCCUCAUACAUCAACUGCUGCUCUAGUAUUUUACUAUGUUACCGGAUUUUUCAUUGCCGUCUCAGUUAUGGCGAACGUAGUUGAAACAGUUCCCUGCGGACAUCGGCCAGGUCGCGCAGGGACCUUACCUUGUGGAGAGAGAUAUAAGAUAGUAUUCUUUUGUUUAGACACAGCCUGUGUCAUGAUUUUCACUGCUGAGUAUUUGUUGAGGCUGUUUGCAGCGCCAGAUAGAUGCAAAUUCGUUAGAUCGGUGAUGUCGAUCAUUGAUGUGGUGGCAAUUUUGCCAUAUUAUAUUGGAUUGGGGAUUACUGACAACGAUGAUGUGUCAGGAGCUUUUGUGACCUUGAGAGUGUUUAGAGUGUUCAGAAUCUUCAAGUUUUCAAGGCAUUCGCAGGGAUUACGUAUCUUGGGUUAUACUUUGAAGUCAUGCGCCAGUGAGCUGGGAUUUCUGGUCUUUUCCCUGGCCAUGGCCAUCAUUAUUUUCGCGACUGUUAUGUUCUACGCUGAGAAGAAUGAACAAGAUACCAAUUUCACUUCAAUUCCUGCUGCUUUUUGGUACACCAUUGUCACCAUGACUACACUUGGGUACGGAGACAUGGUACCCGGCACUAUCGCUGGUAAGAUAGUGGGUGGUGUGUGUUCCCUUUCGGGAGUACUCGUCAUCGCUCUGCCUGUGCCUGUCAUUGUCUCUAACUUCUCGCGGAUCUAUCAUCAGAACCAAAGAGCUGAUAAGAGGAAGGCUCAAAGAAAAGCUCGGCUCGCCCGCAUCCGUAUUGCCAAAGCUUCAUCAGGUGCUGCUUUCGUCUCCAAGAAGAAAGCCGCUGAGGCUCGCCUGGCUGCUCAGGAGUCUGGAGUGGAGCUGGAUGACGCAGGAAGGGAUGAGGAUAUCUUUGAGUUGCAGCAUCACCACCUUUUAAGAUGUCUAGAACGAACUACGGGUUUUCAAAACCAAUACGACAAAAUAUUCCAGGAUCGUGAAUUUGUUGAAAUGGAAAACCCAUUCAAUGGGGCCGCUAAACGGCCUGGAUCUCCUUCGCCUCUAGCAUCGCCUGCGCAUUCUGGCCGCGCACCUGCCUUAUUGGCUUGUUGCGCACGAUGCGGCUGCUGUCCACAGAAAUAUCAGGUCCUGCUAUUAGACUCGAGUAGAAAACGAGCGCGGGGUACUCGGCGUUACACGGCGACGUCGCGGCCGUCAGACACUUCUGUGUCCGCCGCGCCCAGUGAAGACCCCUUACCACAAGCUUGCGGCAAGUACAUUCCAGCUGGCAGCACAGUGCAAGGGAACCAGACGGGCGUAGCAAUGGAUGGUACAUAUCUCGUGGAGGCGUCUUUCUAGGACACGUCGACUUGUGCUCAACAACAGAGCUAUGUGUAAGCCAGAUAGGACUGGAGUGAUUUGCCGCAAUUAUUAGGUUAUUUCUACAGAAGUAACAUAAAACUGCCUGAUAUUCAGAUAUCAUAGACUUUAAAUGGAGACCUUAAGAUGUCUGGUCAAUCCUUUUUAUGACAAUUUAAAAAUGACAUUGAUAAAGCUAUACGUGAAACUGUAUGAAUAUUUAAUUUGAAUGUAUUGAGACUUAGACGUAGGUAGUAAAUUCAAUUAUAGUGUGUGUUAAGAUAAAAUAAUUUGCGAUAUCUAGACUGCUUUUUCAAUCUUCAGGUCUUCAUUGAAAUCAUUGUCCAUCUUUUCUGAUAGUUUAGUCUAACAGUAUUAAAAGAUUAGAUUUACGAGGACUCCUUCAAAAAAUAUGAUGUUAAUCAAAUUUAGAGCAGAGAACUACUAGCUAAUUACUAUUAAAUGUUAGCUAGAAACAAUGUUACAUUAUCCCAUACCAAAACUGCUUUUGGAACUUCAUAAUAGUAAUUAAUACAAAUCAUAUCAUAGGCAGAUAGUUUGGUUCAAGGGAAUUGAGCACAGAGAAUCCUGCUUUAUGUUAUACUAUCAGGAUACUUGUGCCUUCAAAAUUCAUUACAUACUGUUACUCUGUGUUAGUGAAGUUUUAGAUAUAGAAAUAUAUUCUCGUAUCGGAGUCGUAUCGGUAAAGGCACGUAGCAGUGACGACUGUUCUUAUUAAGCUACCUUUUAAGCUUACAAUUAUACCUUAAUGUAUAUAUUUUAAGUGCACAAAUUGUAUAUGGGAUACUUCAGUUUGAUGUCUAUUGCCUACCGAAUAAGUCAUAAGAAAAAAAUGCCAAAUAAUUGUGAAAAUAUCAUUUUUGUGUAGGUAUACUUUCUUGCGGUCUGUGAGGCGAAUGUAAAGUCGAUCGGAUUUUGGCUCGAACUAUCUUCACCAAUCUCGGCUAAUAAUCGCGGUUAGUACAAUGAAUUCAAUCACUGACUUUGACAGAAUAUGAGAGCUAGUCUGUUAGAUAAACUAUAUGUAUUUAUAUGCUACGUGCCGUUUAACUAUUCUAUAUCAACAGCAGCAGUGGCGGAUUUACAAAUUCGCAGCCUCCCUUGUAGUAGGACUGACAUGUAUGGGUUGAUUGGGGGGAGAGGGAAAUGCAAUUUCGCUCUUUUCAUUCAUACAAAGUGCGAGGGCGCAGAGGUCGAUUACUACUUGGGGGGUCAGGCAAAAUUUGUUGCAGAUUUCUAUCUGUAAAACAUCAGAAAAUCGUCAUCAAAAUAUAUGGUUUCUAUGAGGUAGAAAAAACAAUCAGUUCCCGAAUUUGCCGCCCUAAAAACCGGCCGCCCUAGUCUCCAGCCUACCUAGCCUGCUGGAAAAUCCGCCACUGUAGGUAUAUCAAAUUUCGGAUGCAAUGAAAAAACAAUGAAAUGUUCGUCAUCCAAUGUUUUAAUUCGUAGUCCCUAAAUAUAUGGAUGUCUUAUGAUCGCUAUAGUUAUAAUGUUAUGUAUAGAUAGAUGAAUUUAUGUGGUUAUAAUAGAAAUUAUUUAAUUUAAUUGUUAAAUCUAGACUUAAGUAAUAUCUGCGGGUGCAUUGAAUGCGUUGAUAAGGUAUUUAUAAUUUGUCUGUAUAAGAUUGGUACAAACGUGUAAUGAAAAAUAUUAUUGAUUUAUAUAAAGAAGACUGGAAGAAACUGUUUUCAGCAGAAAGACUACCUAUUUAUUUUUCCCCUGUUUUGUGUUAUGGUGAUGUAAAUAAAACUUUUUAUUAUUAUUUUAUUUUGCAAUCCUAUGAUUAAAUGAUAUGUAACAUUAAAUGAUUUUACUGUAUUUUACUAUAAGCAGGCUGUGUUCUAUAAGAUAACAUUAUACUAAUAUAUUAAAUCAUUUUAAAA